CGCCGCCAGCACCGGAGCCGCCGCCGCAGCCGCCGCGAUGGAAAACUAUCGAAUGAAGAGCUACAAGAACAAAGCCCUGAACCCCGAGGAGAUGCGCAGGAGGAGGGAGGAGGAGGGGAUUCAGCUGAGAAAGCAGAAACGGGAGCAGCAGCUCUUCAAAAGAAGGAAUGUGGAGCUGAUCAGUGAGGAUGACUCCAUGUUUGACACUCUCCUGGUGGAUUCCUACGUCACUUCCACAACGUGUGGGGAGGGAUUGAUCACAGGGGAGAUGGUGGAGAUGCUUUUCUCAGAUGACCCUGACCUCCAGUUAGCAACCACUCAGAAAUUCAGGAAAUUACUUUCCAAAGAGCCAAAUCCUCCAAUAGAUGAGGUGAUAAACACUCAGGGAGUGGUGGAGAGGUUCGUGGAAUUCCUGAAAAGAAGUGAAAAUUGCACAUUACAGUUUGAGGCUGCAUGGGCUCUGACAAACAUUGCCUCGGGCACCUCCCAACAAACCAAAAUCGUCAUCGAGGCUGGGGCAGUUCCCAUCUUCAUAGAGCUCCUAAACUCUGACUUUGAGGAUGUUCAGGAGCAGGCUGUCUGGGCGUUGGGGAACAUUGCUGGAGACAGCUCUGUGUGCAGAGAUUAUGUCCUGAACUGUGCCAUUCUCCCUCCCUUGUUAAUGCUCCUCACCACGUCCACCAGGCUGACAAUGACACGAAAUGCUGUGUGGGCCUUGUCAAACCUGUGCAGAGGGAAGAGCCCUCCUCCUGAAUUUGAGAAGGUGUCCCCCUGCCUGCCAGUGUUGUCCCGAUUGUUGUUCAACAGUGACUCUGACCUGCUGGCCGACGCCUGCUGGGCUCUGUCCUACCUGUCUGAUGGUCCCAACGAGAAGAUCCAGGCUGUGGUGGACUCUGGGGUCUGCAGGAGGCUGGUGGAGCUCUUAAUGCACAACGAUUACAAAGUGGCCUCUCCAGCUCUGAGAGCAGUUGGCAACAUCGUGACAGGGGAUGACAUCCAGACCCAGGUCAUUCUAAACUGCUCAGCCCUGCCUUGCCUCCUCCAUUUAUUGAGCAGUCCCAAGGAAUCCAUCAGGAAAGAGGCGUGCUGGACCAUAUCCAACAUCACAGCAGGGAACAGAGCACAGAUCCAGGCAGUGAUUGAUGCCAACAUUUUCCCGGUGCUGAUCGAGAUCCUGCAGAAGGCGGAGUUCCGGACCAGGAAAGAGGCGGCCUGGGCCAUCACCAACGCCACCUCAGGAGGGACCCCCGAGCAGAUCAGGUACCUGGUGAAUUUGGGUUGUAUCAAGCCCCUGUGUGACCUGCUGACUGUCAUGGACUCCAAGAUUGUUCUGGUGGCACUCAACGGGCUGGAGAACAUCCUGAGGCUGGGAGAGCAGGAGGCCAACCAGAGUGGGACUGGGAUCAACCCCUACUGCAGCCUCAUUGAGGAGGCCUAUGGUCUGGAUAAGAUCGAGUUCCUGCAGAGCCACGAGAACCAGGAGAUUUACCAGAAAGCCUUUGACCUGAUCGAGCACUACUUUGGGGUGGAGGAGGACGCGGCCGUGGCGCCCCAGGUGGACGAGAACCAGCAGCAAUACAUCUUCCAGCAGCCUGAGGCUCCCAUGGAAGGAUUCCAGCUAUAAUCCUGGGGGAAAAAAACUCACAGAACCCCCCAAAAAACCCACCACAAACUCUCUGGAAGGUUUGGGAGAGCAGCUGCUGGUCCUGGCUGGGAAGGUUGGACACACACACUGCAGCUGUGUAGGAAAACUCUGCAAAAAGCAAGAGCUCCUGGAGAGAAGGGGAAUUUCUGCUCCUGGUUCCUUUGGGUGCUGCUCACCUUGGCUUUGGAGGCAGGAAGGACACUGAGGUGACAAGUGGCACCUCUUGGUGGCUUCUUCUUUUGUGGUGGUGUCUCCCCAGUGCAGAUUUGAACCUCGUUGGGUGAGGACACAGAGAGGAGGGAGCUGUUCUGGCCACAGUAAUUCUGCAAAACCUGGCUUGAUCUAUUUAAAUUUCCUUUUUUUUUUCCCUUUUUUUUUUCUCUUUUUUUUUUUUUUUUUUUUUGCACAUGUUACUCUUUAUUAAAGACUCUUUAAUAUGCCAAGAGCAAAAAUUUAGCCCUGGCCUUCCUCCUUCAGGUGGACAGUCCUGGUGAAGCCAGGACCAGUUCCCUGAUGAAAAAUACUGAAAAUGGACAGAAAAAAAUGAGAAGUUCUCUCACUGCUGGGAAGUUUUGGGUUUUUUUCUGCUGCUUCCCUUUGUCUAGAUUUUUUUUUUGUUUGAUUUUUUUGUUGUUUUUGAAGAACUGCUAGUGGUAUUUCCAAGGAUUAAAAACAAAACAAAAACAAAACAAAAAAAAAAAAAGCAACAAGAGCCCAAAGAUGGGAACUGGGGUGGAUUUUUUUGGAGCAGGAAGCACAGCUGCUGUUGCACAGGUUUGGUUUGCAUUGUACUGACUGAAAUGCUGAAACCCACCUUCAUCUUUACUUGAAAUACUUUAUUUGCCAUGAGAAACAUGGGCUGAAUUCUGGGGUUUUCCUGCUUUGGGGUGGAGGAAAAUCCCAGUGCUGAUGGGAGCUCCAGCAGCACCAGGUUUUCAGGCUGACCUGCUCACAGUCAGCUAAAUGCACAUUUUCCUUCCAAAACCAACAAAUCUCUGUAUUUUUUAUAUUCUAGAUAGGGAGAUAUUUGUCUAAUUGGGCCACAGAGAAAAUUCUAUAUGAAAUUCCUGUGAUUGCUGUAAAUGAGCACUGUGAGGCAGGCACACCUGCAAACCCCCGGGGCUCGGCGCUGCCCCCGCCGCUCCUCCCGGUGCUCACGGAGCUCCCCGAGCCCUCACGGCGCUUUUUGGGCCGCUUUGCCACGAUUUCGGUCAAAGCCCCGCUUCUGGGGUGUCCCUUGUUGUGGAACGAAUAAAUGCACCUGUGCAGGU